GUACGUGUAGUACACGCGCCAUUACAAAAAUCCUAGUACUAGGAGGCGUUGUCCUUAGCCAAAACAAACCCUGAGGGAAGGCCCACGACAUUCAAAUGAUUGGUUCUCUCAACACAUCUCUCCCUUUCCCACUCUCACUCCUCUUCUCACAUGGUUCGUGUACUCCACGCGCUCAGCCACAAGCCACAAAUCCAUCCAUUUUUUCCUUAAAAUCAGAUCUUCUGAUUUUCGUUUUUUCUUUUUUCUUUUUCUUUUUCUUUUUUCUUUUUUUUUUCCAACGCCCUCAGAUCCCGGAAAAUAAAACCCAGAUAAAAAAAUAAUAAAAAAAAAGAGUACUUGAUAAAUGUUUUUAAUAAUUGUAACCUAAAAAAAAAAGGAGCUUACAAGAUCCACCUCGAACCCCUCUCCCAAAUUCCUCACCUUUCUUCUUCUUUUCUUCUUCUUCUUCUUCCUUUUUCUCUGCUCUGAAAAUUUCACUUGAUUCUGUUUUUUAUCCUAUUUUGUGUCUGUUUCUUCUUGUUUGUUUACAAAAUUGAAGUAAAUCCAGUUGAAAUAUUGGUGAAAAUUGAAGUGGGUCUGUUUUAGAUUUGAGAAACAAUGAAGGAAGAUGAUUCAAAUUGGUUCUCAAAAUGGGAAUCAGAGCUUCCUUCUCCUGAAGAAUUGAUGCCUCUUUCUCAAACCCUUAUCACCCCUGAUCUUGCUUUAGCAUUUGAUAUUACUAACUCAAAUCCUCCCAUUAAUAACAAUUCUCAUCCACCGCCGCCUCCGCCGCCGCCUCCGGUGCUCACUCAGCCGAGUUCUGCAGAUUUUGGGGAUUCAGGGGAUUUAGCGUCCGGCGCUGGCGACGAACCUGCCAGAACACUGAAGCGGCCGCGGCUUGUCUGGACUCCGCAGCUUCAUAAGCGAUUCGUUGACGCCGUUGCUCAUCUAGGGAUAAAAAAUGCCGUACCUAAAACCAUAAUGCAGUUGAUGAGCGUCGAUGGGUUAACUCGUGAGAACGUAGCUAGCCAUUUGCAGAAAUACCGCCUCUAUCUGAAGCGUAUGCAGGGGAUUUCCGGUGGUAGUGGUGGCGGAACUAGUGGUGGUGCUGGAUUGCCUUCAGCCGCUUCAGAUCCCGCUACCGAUCAUUUGUUUGCUAGUUCCCCUGUUCCGGCUCAUUUUCUUCACUCUGCUCGGGGUAAUUCCGACCAUUUCUUGCCGUUUGUUCCCGUUGGAGCUCUGCAGCAUCACCACCACCAGAUGGCUGCCGCUGCUGCUCAGUACCACCGGCAAGUGGCUCAGUUUGGGUCGCCGCCGAAUGGGCAACUUGAGCACCCGUUUUUGACUCGGUCUGUUCACCGGAUUGGAGCUCCAGUGAGUACUCCGGCGACGAAUUAUAGCGAGGAUUUGGAUUCGGGUAAUGGAACAGGAGGAAGGAAGGUUCUUACUCUUUUCCCCACCGGAAAUGAUUAAAAUUUCUUUCAAUUUGAAAUCCGGACUUGCUCACCGGCGGUAAUGGCGAUUUUACCGAUCUCGAAAUCCUGGUAUUCCGAUUCUGAUUUUGUUCUUUCUUCGUCUCCGGCCAAACCAGUUGGCCGCCGUGAGUUUCUGAUUCGUCGGUUGAAUUGCCGGCGGCUGCCGGAUGAAGGUAAAAUCGAUUCCAUUACUGAAGGGGUAAAAUUGUACAUUAAUAUGAACUCUUUUUACAAGACUUUGUGAAUGUAUCCAUUGAAAUCCUCAAAAUAGAGUUCGAGGAUUUUUAGCUUUGUUCAUCAUCUUUAAAUUCUCUGUUUCUUUCUU